AUGUCAAGUGAGGGAGAGAGUGUUCUUGUGUUAGUGCAUUGCUCUGGAAAAAUUAAAAAAAGCAAAAAAUAUGGUGUGAAGUUCACUGAUAGAGAACCGUUGAGUGUAUUUGUUAGUUCGUCAAACAGUUUGUCAAAUUUGAAGAGCACCAUCUUGCAGAAGCUUGGAGUUUUUGGGAGCAAGGUUGUGAAGAAGAUCUUCUACAAGAUUCCGAUUGCUGUAGUUUCCAGCGGUGUGAUGUAUGAUACAUUCGUGUUAGGGGCUGACGAAGAUAUUAGGGUUCUAUUUCAUUGCGUGAGGAGUUUUCCUGAGGUCAGAAUACACGAGUUGUAUGCGAAGUUGGAGGUAACUCUGGAUAGUUCUGGGGCAUCGGCUCCUGUUCAUAGCUCGACUGCCGCUGGCGGUGCGUCUUGCUCGGCGCCAGCAAACCGGUUUUCUGUUCCGCAGGUUGCCUCUCCUUCUUUUGCGGCUGAUCUGGUACCAGCGGUUGCAGUUCCAACUGCACGUUCCCCUAAUGAAGGGGUCCUGCAACAGGCAUUUCUGGGGGAAUCAGGUCGUGCCACAGAUGAUGAACAUCAAGAAUUCGGGGUACUUGAUCGAGUAGAGAAUGCAAUGCGGGACGAUGACUCUGACGAGGAGCCUGUAAAUAUAUUUGGGGACAGCGACGAUGACACCGGUGCCAAUCCACAAGCACAAGAAGGUCCUUCAAGUUCCGGCACACAGCAUUACCCUCCACACUUCUCGACGUUAAACUUGGAGGCUCUGGGUGAACAUACGGCCGGAGUUGCUACAGUAGGUGGUUCGUCAACCGAAUUUCAGAUUGGGCAAUCCUUCCAGAGUAAAGAAGAAGCUGUUCUUAGUGUGAAGGACUACAGCAUCCGUCGAGGUGUUGAGUACCGAGUGAUGGAAUCGGACCAUUUGAAGUAUCAUGGAAGGUGCAAGGAUUUCGGCAAAAGUUGUAGUUGGAUGAUUCAGAUUUCGCUCCGUGCACGGAAGGGAACUUGGGAGGUUAGGAGGUACAACGGUCCGCACACUUGCUUAGCAACAUCUGUUUCCAGUGAUCACCGUCAGCUUGAUUACCACGUUAUCUGUGCGAGAAUUUUUCCGUUGGUUAGUGCGGAUGCUGCAGUACCGAUCAACGUCUUGCAACAAGCGACUGAAGCUGAUUACGGCUUCAAGCCCAGUUACCGGAAGGUUUGGAAAGCAAAACAGAAGGCAGUUGCACAAAUAUAUGGAGACUGGGAAGAGUCUUAUGCCGAAUUGCCACGUUGGAUGCUAGGCGUGGAGUUGACGAUGCCCGGGACAGUUACUGUGUUGCAGACGUCUCCUGUUAUAGUUGGGGACCAGAUUGAUGAGUCAACAGUGUACUUUCACCGUCUGUAA